CUAAAGAAAAGCGGCAUUGAGAUUUCGGCGACAGUGUUAGAGACCAAAAGAUGUGUAGCUCCUGCUGAAAAACAUGCUGUCCUCAGACCACACGCUGUUUCUGUUUGCUGGGGCCAAAUCCAAGUGAGGUCUAGCAAAAGCAUCGUUGGACUCCAGAGUUAAAAGACGGAUUGUACUAUAAGCACGAGCGAUCAGCGAGACGAGAUUUGAACGCGCUGCUGUAGGAGAUCAGCCGACGGCUGCCUGAGAUCUAGUCAACAACAUUUCUUUGUUUCGCUGUGUAAUUCUGGUUUUCUUUCGUCUUUAAUAUGGCGAGCGAUUCUCCGGCUCGGAGUCUGGAUGAAAUAGACCUCUCCGCGUUAAGGGACCCUGCAGGAAUAUUUGAGCUGGUGGAGCUGGUCGGGAAUGGCACGUAUGGUCAGGUGUACAAGGGCCGACAUGUCAAAACAGGUCAACUGGCUGCCAUCAAGUGCAUGGAUGUCACAGGGGAGGAAGAGGAGGAGAUCAAAGCUGAGAUCAACAUGCUGAAGAAAUACUCUCACCACAGGAACAUUGCCACCUACUAUGGUGCCUUCAUUAAAAAGAACCCUCCCGGUGUGGACGACCAGCUGUGGCUGGUGAUGGAGUUCUGUGGCGCAGGCUCAGUGACAGACCUGAUAAAGAACACCAAGGGCAACUCACUGAGGGAAGACUGGACUGCCUACAUUAGCAGAGAGAUCCUCAGGGGCCUCACUCAUCUCCACCAUCACAAAGUCAUCCACAGAGACAUCAAAGGCCAGAAUGUGCUGCUAACAGAGAAUGCGGAGGUCAAACUAGUGGACUUUGGUGUGAGUGCACAGCUAGAUCGCACCGUGAGCCGCAGGAACACUUUCAUCGGCACUCCUUAUUGGAUGGCACCAGAGGUCAUCGCGUGUGAUGAGAAUCCUGAUGCCACAUAUGACUAUAAGAGUGACCUGUGGUCGUUGGGAAUCACAGCCAUUGAAAUGGCCGAAGGAGCCCCACCCCUUUGUGAUAUGCACCCAAUGAGAGCCCUGUUUCUGAUCCCUAGAAACCCGGCUCCCAGGCUCAAGUCCAAGAAGUGGUCUAAAAAGUUCCAGUCAUUCAUUGAGAGCUGUCUGGUGAAAAACCACAACCAGAGGCCCAGCACAGAGCAGCUCCUCAAACAUCCCUUUAUCCGAGAACUGCCCAACGAGAGACAGAUCCGCAUUCAGCUCAAGGACCACAUCGACCGCACCAAGAAGAAGAGAGGCGAGAGAGAUGAGACUGAGUACGAGUACAGUGGGAGUGAAGAGGAGGAGGAGGAGCACGACAUGGGAGAGCCCAGCUCCAUCAUUAACAUACCCGGAGAGUCCACUCUGAGGCGGGAUUUCCUACGGCUGCAGCUGGCCAAUAAGGAACGAUCAGAGGCCCUGCGCAGACAGCAGCUGGAACAGCAGCAGAACGAGGGACACAAGCACCAACUACUGGCAGAGAGACAGAAACGCAUUGAGGAACAAAAAGAACAGCGGCGCCGUUUAGAAGAGCAACAGCGGCGUGAGCGUGAGCUCAGGAAGCAGCAGGAAAGGGAGCAGAGGCAUCGCUAUGAGGAGCAGCUCCGUCGAGAGGAGGAGAGGAGACAGGCCGAAAGGGAGCAGGAGUAUAUCCGUCGUCAGUUGGAAGAGGAACAGAGACAGCUCGAGAUCCUGCAGCAACAGCUUUUGCAAGAGCAGGCGCUCCUACUGGAGUAUAAACGUAAACAGCUGGAGGAACAGAGACAGUCAGAGAGAUUGCAGAGACAGCUCCAGCAAGAGAGAGCUUACCUUGUCUCUCUCCAACAACAGCAGCAGCAGCAACCGCAACAAGACUCCAGACCUGCAGAGAAGAAGCAACUCUAUCAUUACAAAGAUGCAGUCAACCCAAGCGAUAAACCUGCCUGGGCCAAAGAGGUCCAUGGCCGGCCCUUGAAACAGAUCCAAACCAUCAACCACAAGCCUUCCUCAUCCCCAUCCCGUCAGCGCCACGUCCCCCACCGGAGCCCCUCAGACCCCACUAGAAUGCUUCCCCCUAUUAGAGAACAGGUCAUGAAGCAUUUACAUCACAGGAAGCAGCAGCAGCAGCCCAGCUUCCAUGUCUCAGGACAGCAAGAGAGUCGAGAAAACAUUAGCCAGCAGGUGCAACAGCUUAGGGCCUUCCAAAAGUCCGGGCAGGAGGCCCGCGGACGCAAGCCCAACCCAGUGAUCACUAAAGCGGUUAGUUCAGAGAACCUGGCCUCAGCCUUAGAUGUGAAGCUUUCACUGUGCCAUAGACUAGAUGUAGAUGAGUUGCUCCCACAAAUCGCCAUUAACCAGGAGUGUUUGUUCCUCGAUGAGGACAGCUUGUUGUCUCAGUCAGCCCCAGAGCACUCGCUCCGAAAGAUGAUGGCCAAAGAUCAGCGUUCAAACUCAGUGUCGUCCAAGAACCUCCUGAUGGUGCCGAAAAGGGAGUGGGACGUGCCUCUCGCAAUGUACAAUUCAGAUUAUUCAUUUCGUGUGAAUCGCUGUUCCUCUGCUCUGGACCUGUCUUCAUCCGCUUCGGAGUUGCUCAGGCAGAGUUUUAACCAGCCCAUCUGGCGUUCCAAAUCUUGUGGACGCGAGGGUUUUCAUAUUGUUCACCGUAAAUCCUCUAAAAAUUCCAAUAUGGCCUCACCGCUCCGCUCUGUAUUGCGCUGGAUGGGGCUCUCUCCUCGGAGCACACCCAGAGCAAGCCCAGCCUCCUCAAGGUCGCCAUCCCCAGGUAGCCGUCACAGCUCCUUGGUCAGCCCCAAUUCAUCCCCCGUAGGCUCCCCGUUCUCCCCCACCAACAUGAUGACGAUCAGGCCUCUCAUCAAUUUUAAACCGUUUGGCCUGUUCUUAUGUGUCUUUUUAUUAUUCAUGAAGGUUGAGGAGCGCUCUAAACUGAACCGCCAGAGUUCUCCUGCCCUGCAGCAUAAAGUGGCUAACCGUAUCUCCGACCCUUCCCUUCCUCCACGCUCUGAGUCCUUUAGCAGUGGUGGAAUUCAGCCGGCACGGACCCCUCCUAUGCACCGCCCUGUGGAGCCUCAGAUGGCUCAUUUGGUUCCAGUGAGAUCCCAUAGCUCCUCUCUGUCAGUCUCUCAGUCUUUGCAUGAUCAAUCUGCCAAGGGCGUUUCAGCCUUCCAGGAGAGCCUGGUGUCCCAUCGGCCAGAGAUGCCACGACAGAACUCCGACCCGACUUCAGAGAUGCCCCCUCCGGCCCCUCGCAUGGCCAGCCGUGAGGAAAAGCCUGAACGCAGUUCCCCCUGGCUAAUGGAAGACGACAUUCCUCCCAAGUUGUGCAGUACUACCCAGGUGCCUCAGCAGACCACAUCCAUCUCCCCUGCUCUUGUGAGGAAGAACUCUCCUGGGAACGGAGGGGGGCGAGCGACCUCCCAGCUCAUCCGCUCCAGUAAUCCAGACCUGAGGAGGGCAGAGUUGUCCCUGGAUGUGGCUCUGCAGAGAACCAGCAGUAACGGCUCAUCCAGCUCCAGCACACCCAGCUCUCAGGGCGGCUCGCAGCCUGGAUCCAGUGAGAGGAACCAGCCGAAAGGCUCUGGUAAAUCAGAAGGAUCUCCAGUGGCAUUACAGGAGACUUCCAAACCCAUUCAGGAGGAAAGCAGAGAGUUGAACAAACCUGGUCGACCUGCGGCCAAUGAGAGGCAACGCUUGGGCCACGGCGAGAGCAAUGGUUUCGCAGGCCACGGAAACCUACCAGACCUGGUGCAGCAAAGCCACUCCCCAUCAGGAACUCCAACAGGCAUCAAUUCCCAGGACCUGGACUCUAUGGAUGAGUUUUGUCUAAAUGUCCUGGUCACCAUAUCAGGGAAGAAAAACAAGCUACGUGUCUACUACUUGUCAUGGCUGAGAAACAGGAUACUGCACAACGAUCCGGAGGUAGAGAAGAAACAGGGCUGGAUCACUGUUGGGGAUCUGGAAGGCUGUAUUCACUAUAAAGUUGUGAAAUACGAGAGAAUCAAAUUCCUGGUGAUCGCACUGAAGAGCUCUGUGGAGAUUUAUGCAUGGGCCCCCAAGCCGUACCAUAAAUUCAUGGCUUUCAAGUCGUUCACAGAGCUGCCGCACAGGCCUCAGCUGGUGGACCUGACUGUAGAAGAGGGUCAGAGGUUAAAGGUCAUCUAUGGCUCUAGUGUGGGCUUUCACGUCAUAGAUGUGGAUUCUGGAAACCCUUAUGACAUCUACAUACCAUCACAUAUCCAGAGCAGUGUGACUCCUCAUGCCAUCGUGGUGCUUCCCAAGACUGAUGGCAUGGAGAUGCUGCUGUGUUAUGAAGAUGAGGGCGUUUAUGUCAACACCUACGGCAGAAUCACCAAGGACGUGGUCUUGCAGUGGGGAGAGAUGCCCACCUCUGUUGCUUAUAUCCACUCCAACCAGAUCAUGGGCUGGGGAGAGAAAGCCAUUGAGAUCCGCUCUGUUGAAACGGGCCACCUGGACGGUGUUUUCAUGCACAAGCGAGCUCAGAGACUUAAAUUCCUCUGUGAGAGGAAUGACAAGGUGUUCUUUGCCUCGGUCCGAUCAGGCGGUAGCAGUCAAGUGUUCUUCAUGACACUGAACAGGAACUCUUUGAUGAACUGGUGAAGCUCCUGCGGACCCAACACCGUGGAGCCUUUUUCCUGUCAGAAUUGCAUCUGUGAGCGCACGGUACAUUGACACUUUGGUCUGAAAAAGAUUUUAAAAUAUUAGAGACUCUUGAGGAGUGAGCUUGGAGACAUGGGUCUGUCCCGUAGGAAGCGAGCGCUUGUUCUCUGCACGCGGCUAAUGGAGGCGCAGUAUCUGACGUCACCUGCAGUGGCACGCAGUUCCCAGAAGAGGGGGCUGACUAACUUGAACUUGGUUUUAGACCUUAUUUGUGGCCUCUGGUAAAGCCUGUUCUUUUAGGGUCCUCACCUUUACGUUCCCGUCCCUGGUUUCCCCUUUGGUUUUUAUUGACUUUUCCAAUGAAUUUUAGUCAGUUGCAUGAUUGUAAAGAAUUGGACAAUAUUUAAAAGAGAACAAAUGUGGGGAUAACAUUAGCAAGCACUCAGGCUAAGACCAAGCUUUAGUCUCUUGAUGUUUCACUUUCAAAUAUUGGCGAACACUUCUGCCAGUUUCACAAAUAUCUGUGAUACCCGUUUUUGUCCGAUUUCUCAAAAGAGAACGAAAUGCUCAAAAGAAACUAAUAACACUGGUGCUCAUUUGUAUAUUGUCAACAAGAUCCAUAUACUGUACAUUUAUCCAAAGUACUGUUUUAUAGCUUUGAGGUUGGAAAUACGGAGCCGAACGGAUCAUGAAUGCAUCUUUAAGUUGCAUACCAUGCUUUGAAUUCCUUCUCUGGUCCUUUUUUUGGAAUGUUUGGAACAUGAAGGAACAAAAGCACGAAAGUUAACUGAGUGAAAUCUAGUCAUACGAGACUAGAUGGAAGAAAACGGUCCUCCUCACUGGUUGCAUGCUUGUGUGGACACUGGAUCAGAUGUUGUGUGAUGUGUAUGUCAGAGCAACAUGAUAUCUGAGAUCAACAAAAAAUAAAAAAUAGAAAGAAAAA